AUUAUAGUGUAGACCCUGUGUGUUUUGUGUAGUUAGUAGAUAACUAAAAUAUUUAAUAAGGUUCAUUUCAAAUGAUUUAAAUGCUAACAUUUAGCCUAGUAAUGCGAAUGAAUCUAUCGGGAGGAAUGACAGAAGUUGAAUGGCUUCCUAUAUAUAGGCCAUCAUAAAGUAAUGUACAUUUUACACAAAGAGUGAUACUUCUUCAAAUCAUUGCUGCGGUAACAAAGUGGCAGAUAUAAUUGCGACAGUUAUAGCUUAUGGGAGCUACAUUUGUUCAAGCCUAUCCAACCGGGCGAGACCUUGGAGGUGGGACGGGACCUGUGUGCGUGUCUGCCAGGAUGGGAGGAGCGCAGCGCACGCCCAGAGAGCGCGCUCGCUCCCUCCGAUGUAAACAUCAGUAGCAGGAGCGUCUGGGCUCGAGAGCGGAGAAGGAGGCUGCGGGGCGCAACUGGAGAAGGUCUCCUUGACGACAGGAGUACGACAACAACAACAACUUUGGUGCAAUCUGGCCCAGAGGAUAAGCCAGUGAAGAAACGUCAUAAAAUCACUUCCUGCUUUUGGUGAACGAGAGAGCUCAUUGGCUGGCACAGUGUGUGGGCGUGGACCGGACAGUCUGGGCCCGCAUGGCAUCCCCAGAGCUUCCAGGAGAGAGAGCCCCUGGCUCCGCCCAGCUGGACCAGGGCGCCCCGGGCAGAGAUGGCGUGGGCGUGGGUGGGUGUCGUGGCUGCGCAGCUAGCAGCGCCCAGCCCAACGGCGCCAAGCCGUGUCCCGCACACAAACCUGGCGGCGACGACAGCGGUCGGCCAGGCCGCCACGCGGCGAGUGGGCUCCGCAAGGCGCUGGGACGCCACCGGGACUACGUCAAGAUCUCCGUACCGGACGCCAAGGCGGGCCGGCCGCCCCCCAUGGAGUGGUGGAAGACCGGGAUGGCGUUCCUUUACGCCGUGUUCAACCUGGUGCUGACCACCGUGGUCAUCACCGUGGUGCACGAGCGCGUGCCGGCCAAGGAGAGCAGCCCGCCACUGCCGGAUAAGUUCUUCGACUACGUGGACCGGGUGAAGUGGGCGUUCACGGUGACGGAGGUGAACGGGAUGGUGUUGGUGGGCAUCUGGGGGGUGCAGCUGCUCUUCCACAGAUACAGGGCGAUCGCGGGCCGGCGUUUCCUGUUUCUGAUUGGCACGUUGUACCUGUACCGCUGUGUGACCAUGUACAUCACCACGCUGCCGGUACCGGGCAUGCACAUGACCUGCGCUCCCAAGCUGCAUGGAGACUCCCAGGCUAAGAUGCAGCGCGUCCUGCAGCUGAUCUCCGGUGGUGGCCUCUCCAUCACAGGGUCUCACCUCAUGUGUGGAGACUUCCUGUACAGUGGACACACCGUCAUGCUCACACUCACCUACCUGUUCAUCAAGGAGUACUCCCCACGGUCGUUCUGGUGGUACCACCUGCUGUGCUGGCUGCUGAGCGCUGUGGGCGUGGUCUGCAUCCUGGUGGCCCACGAGCACUACAGCGUGGACGUGGUGGUGGCCUACUUCAUCACCUCCAGACUUUUCUGGUGGUACCACACCAUGGCUAACGUCCAGGCCCUCAGGUGCUCUCCUAACAACUACCUCACCCACACCUGGUGGAACCCCGUGUUCAACUUCUUUGAGCGUAACGUCCAGACGCAGGUCCCGUGUUCCUACAGCUGGCCCGUCUCCUGGCCGCCCGCCUGCCUCAAGAACCCCUGCAAGAAGUACUCCAUGGUGCAGAGCACCCGGGAGGAGUGAUCUGUCAAACCAAACACACCCCCUGUGGUCACGACACGUUAGCCUGUUCAGUCAGACACGAGCCCUGUGAAAUCGGCUGGUCUAAAUACAUCUUGUUAGGUACAUGGUUUGUAAAAGGUGUUUAUUUUUUAUUUAGAUUUUUUUAGGUUUUCGGAAGGAAGGGUGGGUUUGUUUUGCUCCUGAGUUGAUGCUUGUGGGGCUGCUGUUCCUUUGAAAUCAUUGUACUGGGUAGACAUAAAUCAAGUGAACCCUAAGUGUUUGACAGUGUUUUUGAGCCCCAUGUUUUCAUCCUGGUAGGUUGACCUCACAGCUCUCUCUUCAGGCAUUCACCGUCAGUGUUGCUUCAACCUACUACAACAUUUUAUUUAGUCAGUGUUUUUUUGUGGUGACCAAAAAUGACGGUCCACCACGUUGAACAAGACACCAUAUCUGCCUCUGUUCAUGAUAGUGACUAUGGGACAAAUAAUAUUAUUAAUUUGUAUUACAAGUUUGUGAAGAAGUUGUGGUAUUGGAGAAGAUAGGCUAGUAUUUGAUAUUAUUUGAAAAAUCCAAAAAUAUUAGGUCCAAGUGACAAUUAUUUAUCGACAACCAUUCCUACAUUAACAAAUGAAGAAAAGUUGGCCUUUUGUUGCUUCAAUGUGUAUUUUUAUACUUGUGAAAAAUGGUACUCUUACAACAUGUUUUGACUUUCAGACGUUAUGCCAAGCGUUCGUACAGAGUUGCGUGUACAUGCAAAACCUAAAACAGCAUCACCAUUAAAAACGAGAAUGUUGUGUAAAUCUUAUGACCAAAUACAUCUCGGAGUCAAAGACGAAUCUGAUAUCCUAGUUGUUAGCAACUUCGUGACUAUUUUGUAGUCAUUGUUUUGAUAUUUUCAAACAGGUGCCUUAGAAAUAUAGUGUUACACGUUAACAAGUACGUUAGUUGACAAUGUCAGUUAUUAUAAUUGUUUUUAUAUCAUUUUUUAUGUUAAUGUUUAUUUUUUGUAUAGUUUAGGCUUUGUUCUUGGCAUUUUUGUAAUGUUUUUAACCGUUUGGCUGUAAUAAACCGUCCUACGUCAACCUUUCUCAUCUCCAUUACA